AUACCUUUUACUUCCCGGGUGUCGGUGGCUCACAAGGCCGCCGCGGAAUUGCUCGAUUCAUUCACUUACGCGAUCGAGGAACUCCUAUGCGCCUCCAUUGCAAAGUUGAUGGAUCGCGUGUCAAUAACCUUCUACCGUGACGGUUCCCAGAUGGAGUGCAUAAUACCAUCGCAGGUUAGCAAGCUGAGGGAAUUCAGUCUGAACGGUUACUGUAUCAUCAACCAUUUCUAUGAUGACAUCAGGAAAUACCUGGAGACCGUCUUCCCAAACAUGAAAUUUCGACUGGAUUUUGGCUAUAAUUACAAGAGUCUAACGAUGUCCAUGAGUCACUUGUUCACCAAGGAUAGUAUCAUUGAACAUGCCAAGAUCGGUAAUUUGAAUUUGGACGGGAUAUCUAUUCACGACCAUGGUAUUCGUGAACCAAUUGAACGUUGA